AUGUUUACUGGAAAGAGACCUACUGACAGGAUGUUCGAAAAUGGACAGACUCUUCACAGUUUUGCUAAGACAGCUUUACUUGAUGAAAUAAUAGAACCCAUGCUUCUACCUAGCAACAGCAGAGAAAGACGAGAGGCCGACGAAGAAGGAGUACUUAUCAAUCAAGAUGAUACUAGUAUAAAACAAGCACAGGAAUGCUUGGUCUCGAUAAUACAGAUUGGAGUUGCAUGUUCAGCUGAAUCCCCGAGAGAAAGGAUGGAUAUUGGGGAUGUUGUCAAGGAACUUCAACUAAUUAGAGACAUUCUCCUUGCUUCUCAUACAAUUCACAGCUCAACCAGCGGGAGCUUGAGGUUCGAAGGGUCUUCCAGUCGUUCUGUUACUAGUAACUGGCAAAAUUUCACAUCUUUUCGUUUGCCUUGA